AUGUAUCCCUCAUGGACAGACAGUGUGAAUGUGAGGCUGGUGAAUGGUAACAGUCGCUGUGCUGGACGAGUGGAGGUUCUUCAUGAUGGUCAGUGGGGAACAGUGUGUCAUUAUAACUGGGAUAUGAAUGAUGCUGCAGUGGUGUGUGGAGAGAUGAGCUGUGGAGAGGCUUUACAAGCACCAGUAAUUUCUUACUUUGGACGAGGAUCAGGAAAAAUCUGGAUGGAUGAAGUGCAGUGUAAAGGAUCAGAGUCUACACUGAAGGACUGUAGAUCAUUAGGAUGGGGUAAACAUGAUAGCGGCUGUGCCUAUCAUAAUUAUGAUUCUGGAGUCAUAUGCUCAGGUUACACUGAUCUCAGACUGGUCAAUGGUCCUGACAUCUGUUCUGGUCGAGUUGAAUGUCAGUACUUUAGUAAAUGGGGCACAGUGUGUGAUGCAUGCUGGGAUAUGAGAGCUGCCAAUGUCCUCUGUAGACAGCUGAAUUGUGGGAUUGCUGUGUCUGUUGUGGGAUCAGACUGGUUUGGAGAGGGAAGUGUUGAAAUCUGGACUGAUGUGUUUGAUUGUGACGGGAAUGAAACAAAACUCUCAGAAUGUUCCAUCUCUUCAUGGAGUCGAGCUGAAUGUUCUCAUAGACGAGAUGUUGGAGUCAUCUGCUCUAAUUCCUCUCUGGCUCUUCAUGACGGUCUGGUGCGGUUGUCUGGAGAGAGACAGUGUGAGGGGGAGGUGGAAGUUUUCAUCCAUCAGGUCUGGAGGAGAGUUCUGCUGGACUCCUGGAGUCUCUCUGAAUCCUCUGUGGUCUGCAGACAGCUGGGCUGUGGCUCUGUGCUGAACUUCUCUGGCUCCUCUUCAUCCAGUCCUGAACACAGUCAUGAGUGUGUGACGGGCUUCCAGUGCUCUGGGAGUGAAGCUCAUCUGGGGAACUGCAGAUCUCCACGAACUCUCAACUGCAGCUCCACACAACAGCUGUCAAUCACCUGCAUCGGUGAGAAGAACAACAUCUGGACAGAUUCUUCAGUUGUCGGGGGUCCAUCAGGCUGGUGGGUUCUGGGGGAGACUGUGCAGGGAGGCUGGAGGUUUUUCACAGCGGCUCAUGGGGGACAACAGCUGCAGUGUGGAGUGGCCCUCAGUAACCAGCCGGUACCAGCCUGGUUUGGUCCUGGUUCUGGACCCAUAUGGCUGGAUGAGGUGGAGUGUGAGGGGAAUGAGACGUCCCUGUGGAGCUGCUCUUCUUCAGGCUGGGGAAAACAUGACUGUCAACACAAGAAGGAUGUAGGAGUCAUGUGCUCAGAGUUUAAAGAGAUCAGGUUAACUGAGGGCUGUAAAGGGAAUCUGGAGGUUUUCUACAAUGGAUCCUGGGGUAAUGUGUGCUGGAACCAGAUGGAGGAAGACACAGUGAGUCUGAUCUGUCAAGAGCUGAACUGUGGAAGAUCUGGUGUUUUGUCUGAUUCUACAGCAAGAGUGAAAUCAGCUCCUAACUGGCUGGAUAAAGUUACAUGUCGGCCACAUGAUUCAUAUCUGUGGCAGUGUCCAUCUUCACCGUGGGGACAGAAUGACUGUAAUAGAGAUGAAGUGGCCAAAAUCACCUGCUCAAAGGAUAAGAAUCAGGAGUCUCCUCGUAGUCUUCUGACAUGUUCAAUCUCACCAUCUCCUCACCAGAAACAGUGUUCAGAUCAUGUUCCUCUCAGACUGACUGAAGGGGACGGCCGGUGCUCUGGGAGGCUGGAGGUGUAUCAUAACGCUGUGUGGGGCUCAGUCUGUGAUGAUCAGUGGGACAUCAGCAAUGCUCAGGUGGUCUGCAGGCAGCUGGGUUGUGGAGCAGCACUGAGGGCUGAUGGGAAUUCAACCUUUGGUGCUGGUGAAAAUGUUGUGUGGAUGUACAAAGUCGAGUGCAGAGGGAAUGAGAUUCAUCUGUGGGACUGUCCUCUCUCACUGAAUAAUCACACUGACUGCUCCCGCAAGCUUGUUACACUCACCUGUGAAGGCUUGUUGGAUGUGUCAGUCUCCACUACUCCUGCCACAACAUCAUCAGCUUCUCCUCCAGUUUCUCCUCCAGUUCGCUCAACAUCAUUCUCUCCUCCACAAACUCCUCCACCAGUGUCUCUCCCGGUGCUUGUGAUUGUUCUGGGAGUUGUGCUCUUACUGCUCUUAGUGCCACUGCUUAUACUGAUUCAGCAGAACAGAGUGAUGAGGAGAGCUCUCUCUAAGAGGAGACACAGGACAAUGUCUGAGGCCGUUUAUGAGGAGAUUCAGCACAGACACAAUCACUUCACUCAGAGGGGGAGUCUCAUCUCUGAAGAACUGCAUUCUGGGUAUGAAGAUGCUGAUGAGCUUCUCUCAGCAAAAGAGUUCAAUACUGCAUAUUAUGAUAAUGUCACCAAUGGCAGUGGCCUAAAAGAAGAGACGAUGAAGGAAAUCACACCGGGAUACUAUGAUGAUGUCAUCACUGAUGGACUGAAACCAGAUCGUGAGACAGAAGACACACCUGAGAGCUAUGAUGAUGUCAUGAAGAGCGAACACAACUCUGAUACCAAAAAAGUGAACACACCAGAGAAUUACGAUGAUGUCAUCAUUAAUAGACUGAGCCCUCGAGGUUUAACAGAGAGAGUUCAAGAGGAGUAUGAUGAUGUGAUCAGUGAAGACGUGAGAAACCUGUUGGAGGCAGCACUCAACGGGUCAGGCUGCCCACACUGCGAAGAAUUCUCAGUGCGGGUGCUUAGGGCCCGGAAGAAUAUCGCGCUCGGUGAUUUCUCUCGGCAAUGUCCCACCGCCGCCAGCGAGCCGCUGGUGGGACUACAGCCGCACGUGGGCGACCACGCAGAAUGGCGCAAUUCACCUCCCCCCCGCUCUCCAAUGUGCUUGGAGGAGGAUCUCCAACCUGCCGCUGGAGCAUCGGAGAUUAUUUCAUUCGGUGCGGCGGGGGUCGACGAUUUCGACAAAGCGCUGUCCCUAACGAUGUCCGAGAAGGACUGGGCCCGCUCUCCGGAGGAGCGCUCUGAAGUGGAGGGACACGCUGCAUUCCAGGAUGAACUCGUCUGGAUUCUCACUAAGGCCGUGAGUGGUCUAGGCUUAGAGUGGGAAUCCCCCGACGAACCAGCUAAGAGCAAGCUGGAUUCUUGGUUCCUUUACUCGGGCCGCCGAGCUGCUGCUCCAAGGAAACGAGCACCAUUCCUUCCAGACCUGCAUGACGAGAUCGCUAAGGCGUGGGCUGCGCCCCAAUCGGCUCGCGCUCACGCUGGUGGGUCGGAAAUUUUCACCAAAGUCGAUGGAGCGGCCUCGGGAGAAGCAAUUUCUGCUCUGCACACGAUGGCAGUGCUCCAAGUUUUUCAGGCACAGCUUAUGAAAUCCCUGGAUGAGGGCGGGGCAGAUCCAGAGGCGUUUAAAGAUUUACGCGCAGCAACGGAUGUCGCGCUCAAAGCCACAAAGAAGACGGCCCAGGCGAUCGGGCAGAGCAUGGGCUACAUGGUUGUGCUCCACCAGCACCUGUGGCUUACUCUCACUGAGCUGAAGGAUGUGGACAGGAAGGCCUUGCUCAACGCUCCUGUUUUUCCAUCUGGCCUAUCUGGAGAUGCAGUAAAGGCUAUCGCAGAGCGUUUCUCAGAGGCACAGAAACACUCUAGGGCGAUGAAUCAUUUCCUGCCUUGCCGGGCUGCAGCACAGCCUUCUGCGCGCAGUAGAUCCUCAUCUGCUUCCAACCGGCCGUCGAAGCGACCCCCCGCUGCUUCCACUGCAUCAGCACCAGAUCCUGAGCCAUCUGUUCGCGCCAAAACUCCUUGGCAGAGGACACCGAAAGAAAGGCGUCAUUGCUUCAAGAAAGGCGGGAAACGUCCCGGGGGAGCUCCUCCGUCGGAUCAAAAACCUUGUUCCUGA